AUGCAGAACACCCAAAUGUGGGCGAUGUACUAUUGUAUUAUGAGUAGAGUUUCAAUGAUGGUGUAUAGUAUACGUAGCUCUACGGCUCAGCGAAGCCUGCUCCAUUUUCACGCCACGCCCUCAGAAGGGAGUGUUUGGGUGGUCAAUGGUAUAGCUAUGGGAGUUGGUAAGACUGAACUGUGCAUGCUGGCAGUCAUUGUUGCCUCGGCACUGUAUCUUUACCUUGGCAAGGACGACGAGCACAACUUGCCGAUUCACCUCUCCGACGACGACAUCCCUGUAGACCCGCCCGACUACAAUCCGGCGGAAGAACAUGGCGUCCGUGUUUGCAAAUCAAAUGGGCACGCUCCAAACGUUUUUGUCCUUGAUUUGACAUAUUCGGUGUUUCCAGACGAGAAAAUUGGCGAUGAUAUCUUGCAAGACCUUUUUGAGUACUGCAGCUGCACACAUUGGGGAGGUGACUGCUACGAGUGGACGUUGGUAAUCGACGAACUGGACUUCGUCAAAACUAAACGAGGGUCGUGCGGGAACACUGUGAAAUAUUCCCCUGUCUAUAAGAACGCGACUAACCCCGUCGGAAACUCCACAGUUGCCAAGGUGUAUGUGCGGGAAGGGGGAUCGUUCGACGUUCUGCCGCUGGACUGCGUCUACGACACCGUCAACGCGGUUUUGGAGAAUGCCCUAAGUAGCACAGAGAGUGAAUACAUAGAGGUCGUCACCGUUUUGGCAAACGAAAUAGAGAAAGUAACAAGCACUUGUGUAACUGCGAACAUGAAACCACAGUAA